UUGUCAUGACAAUGGAACAUUUUCAGACUUGAGUCCGACAAUGACGGCAAUCCGCCACACUCUGCAGAAGGAUGUCUUCUUGCCCCAUGAUCAGCGGUUACUAGGUGUGGUCCACGUAUCCAAGGCAGGAAAGAAGAAAAAAGUCAGCUUUUUGUGUGCAGCAGCGAGCACAGAGAAGCCGGUACAAGUGUCCAUAGUGAACGUGAAAAAGUCGGACAAGGGAGACACGUACAAGCGCAGACAGACAUGGGAACUCAGGGAACUCAAGUUGGUGGAUGGAAAGGAUGACUCCAAGGAAUCCCCUGAAUUCGACCUUCACUUUGAAAAGAGUUACAAAUGGGUGGCGAGUAACGUCACCUUCAUUUCAUGUCUAUGGAAGUUAUGUCAGCGAUACCUCAUCAAAAAGAGACCAGACUUUGUCAAUGUCAACCCACAGCUUCUGGAAGAGGCAGUGCAGGUGGGGGAGCUGACGCGUACACUGCCCCAGGGUGGGGAGGAUGUGGUUGACGAAGAGUACCAGGUGCUGACAGUGCAGGAGGAGGCUGACCUAGAGAAGCUGAUCUCGCAGUGCGACUUUGCUGUGUCUAAUGCUGAAGCUUUCACUGAGCAGCUCUCCAAGGAUCUGUCUAUGUUGGAUGGGGCAAAUAUUCACUCCAUCAUGGCAUCUGAGGAACAGGUGAAAAACCUGAUGAAACUGUUAGAGGUUAGCGAGACUGAGAUCAACAGGAUCGAGAAACGACUGGAGAGAUACGAGGGGCUGCUGGAGGGGCAGUUAGACUUGAGCCCAGGCCAUGUGAAGGCCCUCCACGAGGGUGAUCUGAGCAACCCGAGUCACAUUCUAGACUGUACGUCUGCAGCAGAGGCCUUACAACAGGCUAUGGGAGUACAGCUGCAUCCAGGCCUCUGUAAGAUGCAGGCUGUGAGGGAACAGCAGAAGAUGUUUGAGAAGCUGAGGUCCAGUUUUGCCCGUCGCCUGGCUGCUCAUCUCAACAGUGUAUUUGUGCAGCAGGGCCAGGAUAUGGGCGAGACCUUAAGCCAUCAUGCACUAGACCCCACCCUGCCUAAACACUACUCAUCACACAGAGACCUGAUGCCGUAUGCAGAACUCAUGCUGUGGUUGAAGGGAGCAGACAUUACCAGUUUUCACCAGCUAGCCCAGGUUUACACAUCCAAUUUGAAACGUCUGUAUGACCGAGAAAUCAAGGACUUCUUGGAAGCAGCCAAGGCAAUUCUUGGAACCAAGCCUAGUGCAGUGGACAGCAAGAAAUUUGGUAAGCUGAUGGGGUCCACGGAGAGCCUGGGCAAGAGUUCCGGCUCCAAGAUGCGUUCGUCCUCCUUACUGGACAUUGCUGACCACAAAGGCUCAAACCCUGAUAUCACCGAUAGGGCCAAGUUUGAACGGGUGUUGAACAGCAUUAUGAGUGAGCUGGAGCCUGUGUGUAUGGUUGAACAGGACUUUAUCAUCAAGUUCUUCCAUCUGUCUACUGACUCCACUGCCACUGACCUCGGCUCAGAUGAAGAGGAAGAGAGAGAAGAAGGAGUUGUUGAUACUGAUGGUGGGAUGUUUAGUAAAGGGCAGACCGAGAGACAAGCAGAGAAGCAAGUCAGCAGUGAAGUUAGAAGGAUGAUGUCAGACCUGUUUGGAACAUUGGAACCAGAGUUGCACAACUUCAUAAACUUUGCUGACAAGAUGGACCCCUAUAACUCUAUGUACAUGCUAGUGAAGAUAAGUGCAGUAGUGAUGGGGAUGGAGGAGAAGGAUGCAGGAUCAUACCUGGCAACAACCCUGGCCACAUCAGUCGUCAUUGUCAAGAGAAAUUUUGACAAAUUAAUACAAGCCAAAAUCCAGAGUAUUGAAGAGAUCAAGGUGCCGAAGAACAAGCGAUGCGGGAUCCUCCCUUUUGUGUCUAGUUUUGAGGAAUUUGCAGAGUUAGCGGAGACCAUCUUUAAAGGUUCUGAGAGGAGAGCGGACUUGGACAAGGCAUACAGCAGGAUGGUACGCACCAUCUUUGACAACGUGGAGAGGGUCGGCUUGGAACAUCAGAAGACUCCUCAAGAUGUCGUACUGUUUGAAAACUUUCACCAUUUGAAUGCUGUUUUUGCAAGACUGAAGAUCACCUGUUUGGAGUCAGAGAAGAAAGAAGCACGACACAAGUACAAGCAGCAUCUCAAUGCCUACGUCAUCAACUGGUUGGGACACCCCAUGGAAAAACUAAACCACUUCUUUGAAGGUAUCGAGGCCCGUGUUGCGCAGGGUGUGAAGGCAGAGGAGGUGGGGUACCAGCUGGCCUUCAGUAAACAGGAGCUCAGGAAAGUCAUCAAGGAGUAUCCCAUGAAGGAGGUGAAGAAAGGGCUGGAAAGCUUGUACAAGAAGGUGGAGAAACACCUGUGUGAGGAGGAGAACCUCAACCAGGUGGUGUGGCGGUCCAUGCAGGAGGAGUUCAUCAGUCAGUACAAGCACUUCGAGGACCUGAUCAAGCGCUGUUACCCAGAAUCUGGCAUCACACUGGAGUUCACCAUCACAGAUAUCCUACAGUUUUUCUCAGACAUCGCACAGUCACAUUAGGUGGCACAACCUGGGACAAUAUUUCAAGAUGAUAUAUUCCAUGACUAAAAUUGAUAUUUACGAAAAAGAACAUGUUGAAGUUGCAUAAGGAAUGAAGGGAUGUACAUAGUGACAAGUGAAACAUACAUUGUAGUUAUUCAGAUUUUAAUUUUAUUACAAAGUGAGACCUGUCGCCAUCACUUCCAAAUUGAUGAUAGCCUGCUGUGUAAUUUUUACCUCAAGUGAGUUGUAGUCCUUGUUUAGGGAAAGGUCUAAACGAAGAAAUAUUGAAUAAAUAGUUUAAGAAAAUGUAUUUCCAGGUGAUUACAUGACUUUUGUAUGUAGCAAAUCACUAUCACAAAAAAUGGAUACGACAUAAUAAUUAUGAUAAUGUGUGGCAAAUUUUGAUGUAGUGUCAUUCCCUUAAAUUGGUUCUUAGAUUUGGUUGCUUUUUUUAUUUGAAAUAAUAAUGUAUCAUUCAUACAUGUAGUUUUAUCAACCCAAAUAUGGUCUUAUUUUGGUACCAAGAGGUGAAGAAAGUCCUUAUGUAGUUGUUCAGACGUAAUUGUUACACAGCUUGACUUUAUGGCUCCUGUAUUACAUACAUUGUACAUAUAUAUAUAUAUAUAUAUAUAUAUAUAUAUAUAUAUAUAUAUAUAUAUAUAUAACAUUAUGGAUGCCUGUUUUUAAUCAUUUUGCAAGCUCAUUCCCUUUAGUUCGACUAAGCGACAUAAUGCCUGGUCAGUGACCUUUAAAGGCCUCAUGCCUCAACUAGCCCCAGGUCUGCUGGGUGGUUAACGUUCUACAUGUUUGUCACUGGCUGGGCUUUAUGUCAUAAAGGGCAGGUCAUGAAAUCAAUUAGCAUUGUCAUGAAAAUCAUGUUACAGAUAUCAAGUAAAAUUAGAUGUCUCAGAGACCUAGGAACUGCAGAUCGUGCUCAUUUGAAUUUCUCCAGCUGAUUCUAGAAUAUGACAGGUUUGAAAAUUUCAAACCCUGACUAUUAUUAAGUAGGAGCAGGAAUUAUCUGAAAUUUGUCAUUAUAAGUAAAUCCAAGAAAACCCAUCUCACAUCAUGUUCUGUGUGAUGAAUAUGUGGAGAAGAGCCACACCUGUAAAUUUACAAUGUGUUUAAUAUGACAUAAUUACAAAGUACAUUAGUCAAUUUCAGUCACCUCAUAUUUUCAGA